CCCGCCGCACCAACACGCGCCGUUCAAGCGGCAUCGGGAGCGUACUGCCAAUACUGCACGCAACAGUCCGAGCGUCGUGUGCGGUGCCCACCGAAGUGUUGCGAAGACGCCGGGAGCCGCUGUCAUUUGAGGCGUCUCCCGCCUGCGGACUUAAUGCCAAGUCGUCGCUGCUGGUUUUCUUCGUUUUCGCCGGCUUUCGAGUCACGUGGAUCGAGAUACCGAUGACGUCGUGUUCGUGACGAGACUCGCGGGGGGGUGGGGAUCGGAACGCGAGGCCCAGCGUCCGAACGCGCAUGCGUCACUUGAAGGCGGCGAGUGUGAAACUGGAUCCAUUUCGAAACUUUGCUUACGCCAGGAGGCGAGAAACAAAGAACUGGAACGGCGUCAUGGCUGACUUCAAGCGUUGUGUCUCGGUUUUGCUUUGCUUUCUCGUCACUUCUACGUUGACCACAUAUGCUCGGCGUGCUCAACUGCCAGUGUCCGGCCGGCUCGGACGGGGCGGGAAUCGCCGAUCUCCAGGAACUGGCUUCGGCCGAGAUGAGGAUGGCGCGGACGGCGUCGCUGAUUCGACAAGCCCUGCGCCAGGCACCCGGCCCGGGCCACAGGGGCAUCCUCGUUCUCGUCGCCGACAGGUCGACGGCGCAGCAGUAUGAGGACUACUUCAAAAGUGCCUACCGGUCGCUCCUGGUUGGCCGAGCGUUGGACUCCUUGACCCGCCAAUCGCUGUCGAGGAAGAACGUCACGCUGACUACCGGCCCUGCCCUGGCUCGCGCUUUGCAAAGCCACUCGCUGACGCUCAACGAGCUAUCGCUGAUCGUGGCCGACGACGCCGACUCCCUUUUUACCGGCGCAGCGUUGGACGCGGACGUCGUUGGAUCAUCGGUGUCAUCCCCACCUCAUAGCUCACUGAAGAUUGUCGGCUUUACGAGGCCUGGCUGGACGAUGCCACAGCGAAGACAAAGGGAAGAGCCUCCAGCGUCCUCGGCUACAUCUGCACCAUUUGGUCUGGAUGCGGCUGCCAAGUCUUCGCUUCGCUUCCCCCAGCGGCUAGUGGACGAGAAGCUGUCGGCGUACUCGUUCCGUGACCGUGACCUCCUUCUGCGCGCCCUACUCCACCCAUCCAAGGCUCGCCGCAUCGGCUCCAACGUCUCGUACCGGCCGCUGGAUUACGUGGGACAGUUCGCCCUAGAGUUCGUUCUCUUACGAGACAUGGUGAAGAACGGCACCCUUAAGAGCAACCAGGACCUGCACGAUGCCAGGACGCGGCUGCUCCGCCAGGAGACGCUGGCGCGUGUGGCGGCGAUCAAUGGUCUCGACCACUACGUCUUCCUCGACGAAGGACCCGAGAAGACGUCCAUGACGGAGUACGCUGACGUGGCGAGGUUCCAGGCGUCAGCACCCGGUGCGAUGGGCAGCAGACAGAACAGCUUCCUCCACAACUUUCUUCAGUCUGUGGCCGGUGCAGUGUACAUCGACAGUGGGUACGACGUCGACACGAUUGAACGCAUCUUUUUGAAGUUCUUCAAGGCGCACCUAUAGUCGACCCUCUCACUCAUUCUGCCCGACUGGCGCUCUGCAUACAGAACUUUUGGCAGAACGAAAGUACCGUAGUUUGUUUUGUUCCUGCAGCACGGCUACUAGGCUGCUUGCUGCAUUGUCGAGUGAUAAAAGUGUUGCGCGUGCAUGUGCUCAGACAAGAUGGCCCGGACAAACGUUAAUCAUCGCUUUUCUCCAGCGUUAAAAAAAAGAAAACAACUUAGAAAGUCUUGCUAAUGAAGAGUGACGACUUUGUUCACAACGAGAAAGUUUGGUUUUUGGGUGCAGAAAUGUAACGCAGACUCCCUGUCAUGCAUUUCUACACUUCUGGGACGGCAAAGCUCCGUCAAGGAACCUGUAGCUUUUUGUUCACAGUCUUUAACAGUUUGAGUAAAUAAAGAUUGAUUGAUUGA